UGAUGUAAACAUUCUUGUAAAAACGCAGGACGCCUUACCCAACGCUGAAGUCAUCGGCCCUGCUUGAGCUAUCAUGCCUGAAGGACCUGAAAUCUACUUGGCAUCACGUUUCAUCAACUUAGUUAGCAAAAGCAGGAUUUAUGGCGGACAAGUGGUGAAAUCCGAAGUGUCGACGAAGAAUCCUGAUGUGCCAUGGGCUGCCAAAUACUACCGAGUCACCGCAACAGCUCGGGGGAAGGAACUGAAAGUGACUUUACACGAAGGUCGGGAGGAAGAAAAGAAAAAUCGCAGCAAUCUUGAUAUCCUGAUACGGUUCGGGAUGUCUGGAAGUUUUAAAUUCACGCAUGUAGAUGAGACCCCCAAGCAUGCCCAUUUAAGAUUUUACACAGUUGAAGAAGAUCCCCCAAUGGUGCUGAGUUUCGUAGACUACAGACGCUUUGGCAGAUGGGAAGUGGAUGGGACAUGGGGUUCCGACAGAGGACCAGACCCUAUGUGGGAAUACCCCAGCUUCCGGGAAAACAUCUUAACAAACCUCAAGUCUGCAGCUUUCAAUAAACCUAUUUGUGAAGCAAUGUUAAAUCAGAAGUUUUUUAAUGGUAUUGGAAACUACUUGAGAGCAGAAAUUCUUUACAGGUCUGUAUAUGUGAAAGAGGUAUAUAGAGAAAGACGAACAACCUUAUUGAGGAGAUAUGAAUGUGAUGCUGAUGGAUCUGGAAGCUUGACACAGGUUGCUGAUUCAAAACAAUGUCAUGCAGGGAAGGGGGAAGAAUUCACCAAGGACAGAGAGUGCUUCUCCAAUGACCAUUUUAAACAGAAGAGAUCUGAUUCCUUCCUUGAUGAAUUUCCUGACCUCAAAAAAUUUUACCCAAGUUUGAGGAAAAUCUUGGCUUGGAAUUUUGAUAUAAAAUUUGGGGCCUGUUUGAGAGGAAAUAUGGUCUUAAAUGAAAAUUCGACAUUGGCCCGUGAGGUUCUGAGUGAAAUUAAGCCCUUUAGCAAGUGGUACGAGUCAACACUUUCCCAAAAAACACCGACGAAUGUGAAGUGUGAGCCAGAUAUCUUGGACUUGUGUCACAUAGUGCCAAAGGAAGUAAUAAAUCUUGAAGGCAAAGGUAAAGGAUAUAAUGUGGACUUGGAUGCAGAUGAAGAUGAUUACAAGGCCUUCAAGGAAUGGCUUCAGUGUUAUUAUCAAGAUGGAAUGAACAAUAUGGUAGACCACAAUGGCCGUACCAUGUGGUUUAGUGGAAAGCCAGGGAAGAUGGUGCCAAAGGAUGCAGCUUCAAGAGGUAAAAAACAGGGUAAGAAAAAUAAAAAAGGUGUUGAUGAAGAAGACACAGCUAACCAUGGAAGCAGCAGGAAAUGUGUAAAGAAGGAGGAUGAAGAUGAGAUAAAGACAGAAGAUAUGAAACAACUAAAGGAGGAGUUGAAAGAAGAUAUGAAGAAGCAAGUCAAGAAAAGAGUGAAAAGGGAGAUAAAGAAAGAAGUGAAGGAGAGGGUAAAGAAGGAAGUGAAGGAAGAGCCGCAGCAAGGCCGCGCCAGAAAAAACAGCAGAAAGAGCGUGGACAACAAGGAAAAUAAUGCUGUCAAGACCUCCAUAACUCUGAGCAACAAAUUAGCUCAGAAGCUCAAAGACAAUAAACCUAAGAGGGCAAAUAACAGGGAAAAGAAUCCUGUGAAAAAUACCAAAACCCCCAAAGCCAAGGUUACAAAGAAAGUAAAAGACAUAGAUUCAGUGCACCGUGAGUCACCGGUAAGGAGAUCAAAAAGACUAGGUUCUGUCGUUGAGAACUGAUUUUUGAAGUGUGAAUACACUAGUACAAAGUUGAUGUACAAUUAUUUAGUUUUAUAAAUUUAAUAAAUUAUUCUUUAUUAUGCUGGUUAAAAGUAUGAAAUUGUUUGCUAUGUUACAUAUAGAUUCAAUAUAUUUAAGCAAUUGGCCAAAAUAUAUUUGCAUAAAAGUAUUGCAAGAUGAACAUAGUAGUUUAAAUUCUAAGUAUUUGCCACUAUAGGUUGUAAACUAUUUGAUAUUCUCCCAGACAUUAUUAAUUGGUUUUAGAAUUAGCAUUUUGAAAGAAUAGAUUUUUUUUCACUCUAUAAAUAAGUUUUCAUUCCAUAUUUACAAAGAAAGUAUUAUAAGAAUACCUCACAUUUUCAUACUGGUAGCCUACUCAGUUAGUCAUUUCAAAAUCUUCACUUUCAUAUAUGUAUUUCUUGUGUACAAGAAGCAUUUAACAUUUUAGACCAUUCAUUUAGUAUCAUAGAUAUUUUUAUCAGGUAUCUUUGUAAUCAGACAGGAGGUUUAUUACAUUAUAAUCUACAGUUAGUCACAUAUUUUUUUGCACCAAUUAUUAAGACUGAAAACAGCGACAAAUGUGCAAUGCAGUUUGUUGGUGAAUGUUGUCUCAUCUGAUUUCAUUUUUCACUGAUUAUCAUAUUCAUAGUCUCAUAGAUCUGAUGUUGCAAAAUACUGUCAACAAAUGAUCUAACUUACAUUUUAUACAAGUUAACCAAGACUAUAAAAAGUUUUAAAGGUGUGGAUGUGGCAAGCUUUUAUAGGCAGCAUGACCUCUUUUCUUGUAAAUAAGUUGUAUGAUGUCUGGUUGGUUUAAUAGGUGACAAAGAUUUUGAUGUUCUUUGAGUCACUUUAAAGAAAUAAGAAUUUAAUUAUUUUUUGUAUGAGAACUUCAAUAAAUGCUGGUACAAUAUGUCAUAUCCAUAGAAUUAGAUAGAUAUAUUUUGCAGAUAAUGGUAUGACUCAUACAGAUCAUUUUAAAUGCUUUAUACCAUGUAUUUUAUAAUUAUAAUAAAUGUUGAUUAUUAUU